AUGUAUUACGAAUUACCGUACCUCCCCUUUCCUCCCUCGCCCUUCUCCCUUCCCCCAUCCACAUGCUUCUUCUCCCCCUCCCCUCGUCCCUCCCCCGCCUCUCCUCGUCCCUCCCCCGCCUCUCCUCGUCCCUCCCCCGCCUCCCCUCGUCCCUCCCCCGCCUCUCCUUCUCCCCCUCCCCCAUUCACACACAGCCAACAAGUGCCUCUUUUUCCACUACCAGCCGCCGCUGCGAAUGCUGCUGUACCGCUCCCCCCAUGUGCUGCUCCCCCCGCGUGCUGCCCCCAUGUGUGCUGCCCCUCCCCGUGUGCUGCCCCCCUGCGUGCUGCCCCCCUGCGUGCUGCCCCCCUGCGUGCUGCCCCCCCCGAGUGCCCAUUCUCGGCGACGGCGUCUGCAGACGUGGCGAAAUGCACCGCCUCCUCUCUUCCUCAUCUCAUCCCAUUGUCCGUUCCUUCCGUUCCCCAAUGUUCCCCUCACCCCCAGCAUUCCCGGCAACGGCGUCUGCAUGCCGCUAUCCAGCCUGGCGAGAUUCACCCACUCCUCUCUUCCUCCCCUUAUCCCUUUGUUCGUUCCUUCCUUUCCCCAACGUUCCCCUCCCCCUCCCCUCAAUCAACCUCAGCGUUCCCGGCAACGGCGUCUGCAGGCUGCUAA